AUGGAUUUAGAUAAGCAGCCAGAGGAGGAUUCGAAGAAGCGCGUGAUGAAGAUUAUUGUUGUUGGUGAAAUGGGCACAGGAAAGACCUCACUAAUUCGUCAAUAUGUACACGGAGCCUUUAGUGAAUUCUACAAAUCUACAAUCGGUGUUGAUUUCGCUCACAAAAAGAUCGAUCUUCCUACAGGAGAUGUAGUUGAUCUCCAAUUAUGGGAUAUUUCUGGUCAAGAACGCUUUGCAUCAGUUACUCAUAUGUAUUAUAACGAGGCAGUCGCUGCAAUGGUAGUAUUCGAUCUAAUUUCUCCCAGUACUCUUUGUGUUGCCAAGAUAUGGAAGAAAGAUAUUGAUGAAAAAGUUAUGACUUCAGAAGAAAAGCCAAUUCCAUGCCUUCUUGUUGGAAAUAAAGUUGAUCUUGUUGGAAAGGAAGGACCUGACAAGAGUGACGAAGAAAUGGAUAAAUUCUGUGAGGAAAAUGGCUUUAUGGGAUUCAUCAGAACUUCAGCACGUCAAGAUACAAAUGUUACAGAAUCUGUAGAAAAGAUAUUACAUUAUGUUUUGGAACAUAAUAUACAGCCUUAUCGACCAAAAGAGUUGGCCCAAUGUGUGAAGCUUGAUGAUACAAAGAAAAAGGAGAAGAAUGAGAAAAGCGGUUGCUGCUAA